UGAUAAUUUCUGCCAUAAUAAGAAUGGAUUUUCAUUAUUUGUGCGAUUUCUAUUUUUUUUAAUAUUAAGCUGUGUAUGCUGAUUACAAAAAUAUUUCAAAAGAUGAAAUUUCUAAUAUUAUUCGCUUUUGGAGCUCUGUUAGGAACAGUGCGCUGUGACAGCAAAUGUUUCAAUAAAAAAUUUACGAGAUGUGCUCAGAAUUACAUCACUGACAUUGAAAAAGUAUACAGUUCAUGUGAUACGCUGAAGCAGCAAGCAAGAUGUGUUUACUCUGCUGCUCUGGACUGUGAGACGGCUUUUAUUCCGGAAGCUUAUUGGCACAAGGACUCUGUGGUAGAAAUUUGUGAUAAAAAAAGCGAAUAUCUUGAGAAACAUAGAAAAUGUCUCGCAAAUGCCGUUAAGGGAGCAAACUGUCUGGAUAAAUAUAAGAACAUCAUGAAAGAUAAAAAAACUGCAAAAGAAAUCUUAGGAGGUCUCAAAGAGGUCUGCAAAGAAGGGAAUUGGUUCGGAAAAUGUAUGCAAGGAAACACCGAAGAUUUCUGUGGAGGGAUCCCUUCAGAUUACCUGUAUGACGGUAUUUUAAUUUACAUGAUCAAAUUGCAGAAGCUCCUAUGCUCUGAAGUCAUUCUCCCUGCAGACGAGAGUAUCCCAGAGUCGGUCAUUUUGGGACUCCCACGAUUCACAGAGCUCACCGUAGCUCUCCUGAACUUCCCGUGAGAGAUUGUGCCAAAUGUAAACGAAAUAAAUGUUUUAGA